UGUGUGUCCAAGUGGCGACUUGAAUGCACGUGUGCACGUUGUCUCCCAAUUCAUUGUUUUUUGUUUGCCUUUUAUUGUCAUUCUUUUAAAGUGAAACUUUUCUUUCAUCGAAAAAAUUCGUGUUCACAAUACGUCAGUAUUCGGAGUUCCUCUGACCACGUGAGUCACUUUUGAACAGAGAUAAGAUCAUCGACCAGGAUUUCAUUUUAAUCAUCGUACCUAAAACCACAAAGACACACACACAUACGAUGCGUGAUAUAACGAUGUUCUUAGUGCCAUUGCUCUUCGUCCUCAGCUUCUCUUCCGUCCAAGGUCAUGUGCUCCAGCGGAGGAAUUAUCAGUCGCUACUAUGGCGACCGGAUACCCGGUUACACAAAAGACAAGUCAACUUUGGCGAAGAAGAAACAUCAGUAGACAGUGGCAGUCUUAAUACAGGUUUCAAUGGCGCUGGAGCAAAUGAUUGUCAGACACCCGAAGGAGUUAUAGGAACUUGCAUGCUGCUUGCCAGCUGUCCUCAUCUGGCCGAUAUGUUGACUGUGCCGAGUCCGGCUAUAUUAAACUACCUUCGACAGUCCAUUUGUGGCUACUACGGUUACGAUCCAAAGGUAUGUUGCUCGUACCCAACUGGAAUGGAAAAUAUAGACUCUUCGGCACCCUUCUUCUUCGAAGAAUCGCCAUCUCCAGUGAUUCCUGUACGACCUCCUCAUAAUCCUAGUCGACCAAGUGUUUUACCAGCUCGGUGUGGCCACAGCAACGCCACAAGUACUCGAAUUGUUGGCGGGGAAGAAGCUCCUCCAGGUGCAUGGCCAUGGAUAGCACUUCUUGGCUAUAAGGAUCCUACGACUCAACAAGUCGAUUACUUAUGUGGUGGAGCUCUGAUUAGCUCCCAAUACGUAAUCACAGCAGCCCAUUGCGUUUACAACAAAAAGGAUCUAUAUUCGGUUCGCGUAGGCGAGCACGAACUAAAUAAUGAUAUGGAUGGCAACAGACAUCAGGAUGUGUUGAUUGCAAGCCGUAUGCCACAUGAAGGAUUUGAUUCCAUUAGCUUCCAGAACGACAUCGCCAUCUUAAAACUGGCUGCGCGGGUUGAAUUUACUGCGGAGGUACAGCCUAUAUGCUUACCAAUGGAACCAACCAUUCGCAAUAAGAAUUACGUCAAGUCCCAACCAUUUGUCGCUGGAUGGGGAGCAACCUCGUUUAAUGGGCCAUCAAGUGUGACGCUAAGAGAAGUGCAAAUACCUGUCGUAGCUCAAGAAAGCUGCAAAGAAUCCUAUAAGAAUUUUAAAACAGUUGUUGUUGACCAAUCGGUCCUUUGCGCUGGAUUGGGAAGAGGUGGCAAAGAUGCAUGUCAGGGAGAUUCAGGGGGACCUUUGAUGAUUCCUGAAAAAGAUCGCUUCUAUCUACUCGGCGUCGUCUCGUUUGGAUACAAAUGCGCCAUUCCUGGAUUUCCUGGCGUCUACACUCGCGUUCCUCAUUACCUCGAAUGGAUCCUGUCCAAAAUGCAAUGAACUCAGGCCGUCCAACGGUGGGAAAGCGAAACGAUAAUACUCCCCGUAUCUUAAACACGACAUAUGAUUCUAUUGAAAUUGACGCUGACACAACGGGAUCGACUCAUCGUGACUUUUAGCUGUUUAUAUAUUCUGCAGUUGCAAUUUCGAGUACUACAAAAACGAUGUCGCCAUUCAAUCACAGAACUCCGUAUAACGUCACAGUUCAUCACCCUUAUUAUUGCCCAGAAGGACAAAUACUCUGUUUUGUGUAGAAGUGCUUGUCAACUAUAAGA